CUCUGAGGAAUGUUUAUGGAUUGCUUGAAUCAUCGUAACACAUUUACCUCUCUUUACCUUUCAGUAAAUCAAAGACCGUGAAAGUAUAACUAAAUGUAUACAGUGUAUACAUUACCUUUUCUUUCAAUAUUCUCAUGAUUCGUGCGUGUUGAUUCAAGUAGUAUUCACAUGCAUCUGUUAUUUUUCUAAAAUGUCCGAUACCGUAGUGACUAGAGAAGAUAUUCCUUUAAAGAAAGGUAAAGUCAACAAGAAAUGGUACAGUUGCGGCGAAGACGAUUGGAUUAGCGGAUCGAAAUAUGUCAAUGUGGCUUUCGGUACAUUAACAGUUAUAAUUACUGUUGCACUCAUUAUUCAAAUUUAUUAUGGUGAUUAUCAGGUAGUCCCUCAUGGUAGCGUCGCUUCUGACAGUUUGGAAUGUUCCAAAAUAGGAACGUCCGUACUAAAAAAUGAGGGGAAUUCAAUAGAUGCUGCCAUAGCGACGGCUUUUUGUCUCAACGUUGCCACACCUCAUCUCACAAGUUUAGAUGCAGAGGGCCAAAUAUUGAUUUAUAACCACAGGAAAAAGAACCCGCCUGUUGUGAUUACUUUUUCUCACAACAUAGUUGAGUCAAAGCAUCUACCAACCAAUGUACUGGGUUUGGCAUAUAUACAUAAAAAAUUUGGGUUUUUACCAUGGCGCGAUUUAAUAUAUCCAGCUGUUAAUUUGGCAAGAAAUGGUAUAUUGAUAACAAAACAAUUAGUACAAGCCGUAGCACAAACAAAAAAUUAUGACGUAUUCGGUCCACUAGAGGCCGGACAACUUUUAGUACAAUCAGAUCUAGCUACCACUCUUGAACAUAUCGCAAAUAUGUCCGAGUCGGUUUUGCACUCUUAUUUAGAGGAAUUGAACGAAACUGCACUUAUAGAAACCGUGGUAGCUACGAAAUUUAUGAAUUUCGAUAUAUACGUACCGCAAACCGAUGCUACUGUAGGUCAAUUCUUAGUUGAUGCCUUAAAUAUAUUACAAACGAUGAAUCUGAGCGAAACCGUCUUCAGUGACCCAGUGUACGCUCACGAAUUAGUUGACGUUGUUCAGUACUACCAACACAAAAGUGAAAAUAGUACGUAUCGAAUGUUUCACGAAGGAACCAUAUCAAACAUUGCUGUAAUGGACACCGAUGACAAUUACGUCUCAUUGGUUACGGGUUUAUAUCAACUAUUUGGUUCGGGAGAAAGGACACACUUAGGUUACAUAGAAGACAUCUACUCGAACAAGAUGAGUAGUAGAAUGCCAGUUUUGAUAACUGAUAGUCGAUAUGUUUGCGAAAGGAGGUACGUGUUUGGUGUAAACAAUUUAGGAAGCGCUUUACAAAUUAUAAGUAAUUUAUUACUUCACAAAGAAAACGUUACGGAAGCAAUUGAAGCACCGAGGUUGUAUAUCGGUAAUUGGACAGUAGGAUUUGAAGGUUCGCAUUUACCCUCUUUUCCCGAAGAAAUUUUCGAACAUUCCCCUUGGAAAUCCAACUUGGUUCCAGAACCGUACCAAAGUAUUAACAUUGUAGUAAAAUAUAAGGAUGAGCUAAGUUCACAUUCCGAUAGUAGAGGAGGUGGAAUAGCCAGUAGAUUUUAAAUAAUUAUUUGAAAUUAACAAUAAAUAUUGAAUAUAAUUAUAUUGAGGUUAGAUUCGCAUCUCAUACAUGUAGAUACUGUGGCAUAAAAAGACUUUAUCAAAACAAAACUAAUAUCAUUUUUUUUUCAUUGUUAUUUAUUUUAUUUCUCUGACUGUGAUACUUAUUUAAUGUGCUUCCAAUUUUCAUUUUCUUGAUAUUUAUUUAUCAAUGUAUUUAUACUGAAAAGAAUAUGAACAAUUAAUAAAUAAUUUUAAUACUGA